GGUUCUUGUUGAUCGACCGUCAUGUCUUGGUCUACCUCGCAUGGCGAAGGACAGGGUGAUAGCCUCUCUUGCUUGCAAACUCCAUGCAGCACUCGCCUCAAGAGAUUAAAACCCGCCUAGACCGUGUAGUAGAUACUGAUGGAAAUGUUUUGGACAUGCCGGCUGUUCUCGAGGCAGUGACGAUUUUAGAGCGCCUUCCCAUAACGAAAGAGGCUCUUGAGAAAACACGGCUGGGAAAGACAAUAAACCUUCUUCGAAAGAAAACAAAAAAUGAAGAAUUAGCCAAGAGGGCCAAAGGACUUGUAAAAAAGUGGCAGAAGUUGGUGAUAAAUCACCUUGAGACUCUACGCAAUGCAGACUCUCCGAUAAAUGGCAGUGGGUUGUCAUCACCACAGAUAAAUGGAACUGUUAGGGAUCCUGAGAAACCUGCCUCCCCAUCUGUUGACAGGGCAGGAAAAUCAAAAAUUCUUGAAGGAAAGAAGAGAGGGGUUAAAAGAAAACGUAAUAGUUGCUCCAGCUCAGAAAACUCUCCUGUUGUGUCCUCAAGAUCAGAUGAUUGUGAAAGUCAUCCUGGAACUCCAAAUUCUGGUUUACUGCCACUAAUCAAAGAUAUUCACAAUAAAGGAAAUAUUUCAUCAGUUUCUCCUUCUCAACCACCUACACCACAUAGUGGAGACAAAAGUACUUUAUCAUUACAGAGCCCUGGCGAUAGUAAUGUCCUCUCUGUAGAUUCAGGAAUUGAAUCCCAGCCAAGUGUCAAAACAUUGGAUGAAUUAAAUAGUGAGAGCACAGUAGCAACUAUGGAAUCAAGUUGGAAUGAUCAGUCAUCAGAUGUUCCAAUAAAUCUUCCUUGUAGUUCACAGAAAAUGUUUGAGAACCAAACUGACACAAGUGAGGGUGUUUUGUUACAAAUUAAUGAAACCUCAAGUGGAUAUAACAACAAGUCAGAUAGUGUUAGUUGUUCCCAUGAUGAAGACAAAAGGGAAGUGAACAUGUUGCCAGAACAUCCUGUUGAACAGGAAAUGCCCACAACACCUGUUGCCAAAGAAUUUGUGUUAGAUGUAAAUGUUGAAGCAAAUGGAGUUACCGGAAGAUUUGGUGAUGAUGGUGCUUGGUACGACUGGACGGAGGUUAUGCCUGCUGGGGAUGGUGUGCUACAAGUUUUACCUUACGUGAUACUUGAAUAAUCAAAUCAUCAACUCACUUUCUCAUUAAUAUUGUAUUUCAUUUUAUAGUCUAGAAACACUACUUCUACACUAUGUGAUGAGUAGUUAGUACCUGUGCCAACAAUAUGAAUGCAAUGAUGAUAGUUUCCUUGUUUAUAAGUUAACUUCAGUGUUGUGAUUGUUAGAUUUAAUGUCAAUACAAAAUGUUGGAUGCAACUUUGUUAGUUAUACUGUUUUCUGUUUGUCACUGGUUUCAGUCAAAAAUUAUUUAUUAUUAGUGCCACAGGUUAAGUGUUACUUAAUAAAAGCUGUUUGCCACCAAGCAAACACAAAAGUUAUGGAAAGGUUAGGAGCAGAGUGGUCUUAUUUUAGGAAAUUUUUUUUCCUGACUUUUCAAAUCAGGAUGUAUAACUAGAUGUAGAUCAUGAUGACAGUAACAAACAAGGUUUUAUACCUAAUAAAAUGGAAUACUGAGAGUAGAAUUUAAGUUUAGAAGGUUAUCAGAAGUUUGGAAGAUUUUCAAUUUCCACCCUAUUUGACCUUUUUGUAUGUAGCAGUGUUUCUUCCAGAUGUUGCAUUAAUUAAUUUGCAUCUAAUAUCAAUCAGCUUGAGUGGCAGUUACUUAGAAUUGCUCUGAGUUACUCCAGCCCUGUAUUUAAGGUUAGUUUGAAAGCCCAAUGUCCAGACAAUUUUCAGGUAGCUGUGUAUUAGUAAGCCAUUUUCACAGAGGGAAAAAAGUGCUUUAGCUGAGGGUGGAGAGAUUUAGUUAGAAAAGUUGGUUGGAAUAUUAUGGAGAUAGAUUGACUCUUUAUUUUCAUCCAACUUAAUGCACAAACCUUUCUUUUUCUAAUUUGUGUGCAAAUUUUAAUUUUUUCCCCUUAAAUUUAUUCUCCCUCAAUUGAUAUUUUUAUUUGAAAUUGUCUCCAUUACUAGCUUGACCUUCCAUCCUUUAAACUAUCCCCAUGCAUGCUCAUUCUUCCUGUUGAAAUGCAAAUAGUUACUUUAAUGUAAUACAGGUCUAUAUGUGACUUGUCAAUGAUAAUUACUUCAAAAUCAGUACAACAAAAGUACACAUUUGUAUCAGUAUUCCCAGUGCAUUUUAGGUUUAAAGUGCUCUUGGCAUGUAAAAUGGAUCAUGACAAAGUUAGUUGUGUAAUAUUACUAUACCAAAUUACAUUUUCAGAUAAUUUUUUUGAAUGGCGGUUGGCAUGAAUGUAGGUUGUACUGACCUGAUACUGUUUGUUUUUCUGUCCCUAAGGGCAAAAUGUAAACCAUUGAAUUUGCUUUUUUAAAAACCAAAAUUUGCAUUCAAUUGUUCAUGUACAGUUAGUAAAUUCCUAUCAAGCAUUACAAAGUUAAAGUUAAGAGUGAAAUCUUUACUGAUGCUUGCGACCAUGUAAAUAAUCCGUAACUAACUUCUGUAAAGGAUUUGAAAGAAGUGUAUUGAAGAUGAUUGCAGGUCAUUAAAACAAUUAAUUUCAUGUA